CUCAAUAUCGGUCAGACACUGACCUGCCUGGAUUGCAGUCGAUGUGCUUGGCGACACCGUGGGAGAUGACGGAAGGGCUGCAUCUGGAUCGCAGGCGCUGCAAUAGAUUAAAAGCCGACCCACUUGCAGUGAAGGUGAAGGAUACCCUCUCGAAACAGAAGAUCCGCCGUUGACGCAAUCGGGAAGCGCGAGAAACGAAAAACGAAACUUCACCUCUAUAAUACAAUCGACAGCCAGAUUUCUGCCAGGCAUCGCGCACUUCCAUUCAUUCAAACAGUCACUCAUUCACAGUCAUUCUUUCAACAUGCGCGUCUCAGCUCUCGCCUUUGCGUCUGUUGCUCUUGCAGCACGCCCCUUCGUCAACGAGCCGGAUACAGGACUCGAGGGUCUGCUUGAUGCAGUCACCCCCAAUGGCACACUUGCUCCCCUCACGAGCAUGGUCGGUCUCCCCGACUUUGACUGGGCAGCCCGCAAGUACAUGAACGCCUCCUCCUACACAUACUACCGCAAUGGUGCUGCUGGCGAGUGGUCGUACCGCAACAACCUCGAGGUCUUCACCCGCCAGCGCCUUCGCCCCCGCGUCAUGGCCGACAUCACCAACGUCGCUUCGACCCUUCCCACCACACUGUUGGGUCACAACUUCUCUGCGCCGUUCUUCAUCUCCCCAUGCGCUCGCGGUGGCUAUGCGCACCCUGACGGAGAGCUCAACUUCGUGAAGGGCGCCGCUGCCGGCGACAUCUUGUACAUGCCGUCGCUCUACUCCUCGCAGAGCUUCGACAACAUCUAUGCUCAGGCCGCCAACACCACCCAGCCCCUCUUCCAGCAGGUCUACCUCACCAACAACCUCACUGAAACCCAGGCGCUCUUCACCAGGAUCGAGAAGACCGGCAAGGCCAAGGCCAUUGUCCUCACUGUCGACUCCCCUGGAGAUGGCAUCCGUCACCGCGCAGCCCGCUACGGUGUCGGCUCCGCAGACAUCAACCUGAGUCUGCUGACCUGGGACCUGUACCGCCAGUUCUCCAACAUGACCUCCCUGCCCAUCAUCCCCAAGGGCAUCCAGACUGUCGAGGACGCGCAGGAGGCCGUCAAGAACGGCGCAAAGGCCAUCUUCCUCUCCAACCACGGCGGUCGCCAGCUCGACACUUCGCCUUCGUCGCUCGAGAUUGCGCUCGAGAUCCACAACCAGGACCCCGAUCUCUUCAACCAGGUUGAGGUCUACGCUGAUGGCGGUGUCAGGUACGGCACUGACGUCCUGAAGCUCCUCGCUCUUGGUGUCAAGGCUGUUGGUCUUGGCCGUCCUUUCAUGUACAGCAACAUCUACGGCGCCGACGGCGUCAAGAAGGUUAUUGAUAUCCUCAAGUACGAGCUCAUCAACGAUGCCGCCAACCUGGGUGUCGGUGACCUCAAGAAGAUUGGUCCUCAGUACGUGGACUUCAAGAACAGCCUCAACACCUGGUACAGCUAGAUGACACUAGCUGUGUUUCAAUUAGAUGCGUGAAACAUAUUGGUGGCGUUCUUGUUUUCUAUAUCCAAUACAAUCAGUCAUUUCGUACUUCUGCAUAUAUCCAAUACAAUCAACCAUUUCAUUCUCAUUCAAUCUGCCUGGCCUUGAAUUUUCUGUGAAGUCUCAGCUCAAACAUCCUUCUCCGCAAUUUCACUCGGAACAUUCGCCCGGCCAAGUUUAAUGACAUGCACUGCCGAUGAAGGCUAUCCUAUCUGGGACUAGCUGCCUGCGAUAACCGGA